AUGGGGACGCAAGCGCCGGAGAACUACCCCCCUGAAAAGGAUGCAAGGAGUGCACGGGAGAAGGCCAUUGAUGAUUGGCUCCCAAUUACCUCUUCGAGAAACGCCAAGUGGUGGUACUCUGCUUUCCACAAUGUCACCGCCAUGGUCGGUGCUGGCGUGCUCAGCCUUCCCUACGCCAUGUCUGAGCUCGGCUGGGGACCUGGCAUCGUGGUGCUGAUCCUGUCCUGGAUCAUCACGCUCUACACGAUGUGGCAGAUGGUGGAGAUGCACGAGAUGGUCCCCGGGAAGCGGUUCGACCGGUACCACGAGCUCGGGCAGCACGCAUUUGGUCAGAAGCUGGGGCUGUGGAUCGUCGUGCCGCAGCAGCUCAUCGUCGAGGUGGGCGGAGACAUCGUGUUCUUGGUCACCGGAGGCAAGUCACUGAAGAAGUUCCACGACGUGAUCUGCGAUGGCAAGUGCAAGGACAUCAAGCUCACCUACUUCAUCAUGAUCUUCGCCUCUUGCCACUUCGUACUCUCCCAGCUCCCCAACUUCAACUCGAUCUCCGGCGUCUCCCUCGCCGCUGCUGUCAUGUCACUCAGUUACUCUACAAUAGCUUGGGGAGUGUCGCUGCAUAAGGGGAAGUUGCACAACGUGGAUUACGACGUUUUGGCGGCGACGACAUCAGAGAAGGCGUUCAACUACUUUGGGGCACUGGGGGGCGUGGCGUUUGCAUACGCGGGGCACAAUGUGGUGCUUGAGAUCCAGGCCACCAUCCCAUCGACGCCGGAGAAUCCAUCCAAGAAGCCCAUGUGGAAGGGUGUCGUCGUCGCCUACAUCAUGGUUGCCGUCUGCUACUUCCCUGUCUCAUUCUUUGGAUACUGGGCCUUUGGCAACCAAGUUGAUGAUAACAUCCUCAUCACACUCAACAAGCCCAAGUGGCUCAUCGCCCUUGCCAACAUGAUGGUCGUUAUCCAUGUCAUUGGCAGCUACCAGAUCUUUGCCAUGCCCGUGUUUGACAUGAUAGAGACGGUCCUGGUGAAGAAACUGCAUUUCCCUCCCGGCCUUGCACUCCGUUUGAUUGCCCGGAGCACCUAUGUCGCGUUAACAACGUUUGUAGCCAUCACUAUCCCCUUCUUUGGUGGAUUGCUCGGUUUCUUUGGUGGAUUCGCCUUUGCACCGACAACUUAUUUCCUCCCCUGCAUCAUGUGGCUUGCAAUCUACAAGCCCAAAAGGUUCAGCCUCUCAUGGUUCACCAACUGGGUCUGCAUUCUUCUUGGAGUGGUCCUGAUGAUCCUGGCACCGAUCGGAGCACUCUGGCAGAUCAUCUUGUCUGCCAAGACAUACCGAUUCUACUCAUAA